UAAUUAUCUAAAUAAUAGUAACCGAAUGUUAACUGUAUUUCAAUGUCAUGUGAAGUACAGAAUAUCGCAUAAAAAUCAAUAAAUAAAAAAACAAAAAUUGUUUUGAUUCUCAUAUUAUAUUACGCGACAACAAAAAUGUCAUCACAAUAUGCUUUAAUAUCAGAACUAAACUAGAUAAAUAUUUAAUUAAAUUAUUUUCAAGAUAAUCAGCGAAUGACAUAAUAUUUAAAUGCAAUUGUAAUCCAAUGGGCUUUGAAUUACUCCGUUUCGAGAUAUUGGUUGAACCGAAACAGUAUUUUCGAAAUGGCGAUAGAGUUAACUCGAUGUUAAUCAUUGAAUUAGUGGGACAUUUGAAAUGCAGACACAUUUUAAUGACGGCCAUUGGCGAAAUACGCGCAAGAUUUUACAGACAGGACCAGUCAAUGGAAAUCAGUCACUUCAUGUCUAUACCCAUUAAUUUACGGGAUUUAGUUGCGAAACAGGAAUUCAAUGUUAAAACCCAUUCAAACGUCUGUCCGUCUCGUAUCGAUUCCAGACCUGUGGCCGCCGUACGGGAAAAGUUGGUCCGUCUGUUUGGCAUCAAAAUAGGUGCCGUCAGACUGUCAGCACAUCUCGAUAGAAAUGCAUAUUUUUGCGGUGAAGUGAUCUCCAUAUACUUUCAUAUGGAUAACCGGUCGUCAAAAUCCAUACGCUUUUUGCCACAACUGGUCCGACGGACGGCCUUCAAGAAGGAGUACAUAUUCCUCGAGAGUGAAGAACUCGUCGCCACUAAUGAUACCGAAAAGUGUGCGCCCAAUGGUUCCCAGUCUGACAUCGUGUGCAUACCUGUGCCCGCGGACUCUCUGCCCACAAUCGACAGUCCAUUCAUUGACAUCACAUAUACUAUCAGUUUAUUUGUGUUGAUCUCAGACUCGAGCGAACAUUUCGACGAAAUACUAGUCUUUAUUAAAUGAUAAUUUCAUUUGUCAUUAAUUGUCGUAUUCUUCGGAAACUAAUGUCCUAUUAUUUUGUGCCAAAAUAUGGUAUAAAUACUAAAAUAACGUUAUAUUAAACGUAACUUAUUUUUAGACAUAAUUUAGC